AUGGUGUCUGGCGGGGGAGCGGUACUGGCAGAGUUUCGUGAAGGCCUCGCCAGCGUCUUCUAUCGCAAAGGCGAGAACUUUAUCAAUCCUGCUCAGGUCGUGAAUCGUGACUUGAGCGUGCUAGUGAUUCGUCAGUUCUGGCAGCUGGUACGUAGUGAGCGCGAAAAGCACGGCGAAAACGGAACUGCGUCAGCAAAGCUUCACGUGCUGGAGGCGCUUUCUGCAACGGGCCUGCGCGCUUUGCGCUACUGUCGCGAGACAAACUGCAUCGAGCGUAUUGUAGCCAACGAUAUUGAUCCGCAAGCCCACACUAUAAUUUGCCGAAACUUGCAGGAGAACGCUGACCUGAACGAAAUUCUUGUUCCGAACUGUGCAGAUGCGUACGCAUACAUGGCAAGCCACUCGGAUACGUUUGAUGUCAUCGAUUUAGACCCUUUUGGUUCCGCGGUCUCCUUUUUGGAUCCUGCAGUGCGAGCCAUUCGGCACGGAGGUCUACUAUGUGUAACUUGCACGGAUUCGCGAGUUCUCUGUGGGACUCAGCCAGAAGUAUGCUUUGCUAGGUAUCAUGCGACAUCGCUCGCGGCACCGUACGCACACGAGGAGGCCAUCCGACUCGUCCUCGGUGCGAUAGCCCAACAAGCGAAUCGCCAUGGCCGUCACAUGGAGCCUCUGCUGAGCCUUUACAUUGACUUUUACGUGCGCGUAUUCGUCCGUAUUCAUGAUGACCGUGCUGCAGUCCUCAAUCAGGUAGCAAAGACGGGCAGCAUUUAUCACUGCAUGGAUUGCAGUUCCUACUGGGUACAGCCUUUGGGCCGAAUCAAGACUGCACGUGCAACAAGCAACUGUGAUGCAAAGCGUGAUCGGCUCGCGGUUGCACUGGGACCCCCCGUGCAUCAACACUGCACUGUGUGCAACGCUAGGGAUCGUAUGGUGCUAGGUGGGCCUUUUUAUUUGGGUGCAUUACACUCCUUGGACUGGGUCAGGGCCUUGAGACAAGCGCUCGAGAGCGGUACUGAUGACGCCAGCGGAGAGCUGAGGCCGCCGUUGCGCGAACUCACCCCCCAUUUGGCCGCUUAUAAGCGCGUUCAGGCGUUGCUCACUUUGGCGCAUGAGGAGCUCGAUACGCCACCAUUCUACCUGCAUUUGCCGACAGCGUGCAAAGCAUUACAUUGUUCUAUGCCGCCUUUGAGUGCGAUUCGUCACAUCUUGGAGAGGCGUUUCGGGUACCGGUGCUCCCAGAGUCACCACGAUCCGCUAGCUCUAAAGACGAACGCACCUCUGAGACUGCUCUGGGGUAUCCUAAGGACGUGGGCACAGCUGGAGCCAACGAAGCGAACGCCAGGCCCGGAGGAUGUUCGCGAGCGUAUUCAGCAGGCGACCGCGGACGUGCAGUUCGACCCUCCACUAGAACCUGCCGACUUUGCGAGGCGAACGACCGCGAGUUCAUCAUCGUCCGGCGCAAAGAAGCCUCGUUUUCCACCGCAUCCUACAAAGAAUUGGGGGCCACUGAAAGCCACUCAUUUCCGGAAAUAA